ACUUUGAACCACUUCUUUUCAAGCUCAUUUUUCGCACAUCCAGCCAAAUAUAUCAACAUGAGAUACCAAUUUAUAUGCGUUUUGUUGUGCCUUGGAGUUUCUGCAUAUGAGGACUAUGGAAAAUAUCAAGAAGACGGAGAUUAUGCAGAAAAAGUUUGUAAAAUUGAUGUGUCAAGUAAUGAAGUUAACAACGAAUAUUGCGAACAUGGUUGUUGUGGUGAUUACACUCAUCGUGACAGGAGAUGUUGCGAUUCCGGAGAAAAUCAAAAUACAGAAAAGAAUGUAAACGCAAGUGUUGGAGAAUAUCAAGAAGAUGAAGACUAUGCAGAAAAUGUUUGUAAAAUCGAUGUGUCAAGUAAUGAAGUUGACAACAAAUAUUGCGAACAUGGUUGUUGCGGUGAUUACACUCAUCGUGACAGGAGAUGUUGCGAUUCCGGAAGAAAUCAAAAUACAGAAAAGAGUGUAAACGUGAGUCUUGGAGUAUAUCUUGGAGGUGGUUUUGGAGGGCUCGGCGUGUUUAUUGUUUUGAUAGUCGUCUGUUGUUGCUGUGUGAAAAAGAUCUGCAAGUGACUGGCUCUCUAAUCGACUGGAUGCCUCGUGUUUACACAAAAAGUUUGAUAUUGACAAUGAACAUAUGAACAUAUCGGAACCUUUAACAUAUAUUAUUUUGGCAUUAUUUGCAUGUGACCAUGGUUAAGAUUUUUGGCUUGCAUGAAAAUGACUGAAAAUAUGUCGUAAAGCAUUACACUUGAACGCAUUCAUUAAACAUGUCAGAUAUAUAAAUUGUAUUGUAUGAUACAGUAAAAUAUAUUAUUAAGAAGAUACAAUGUAAUACUACAUGUUUUGUGGCGGUAUAAUAUAAAUAAAUGAAUGGAUGAUUAACUCAGUAA